AUGAUUCAGCUUAUACAAAGGAGUACCGUAGAGAGCAAAAAACGCGUUUGGACCAAGUACGGUAAAUCACCUCCUAGGACGGACGGAAUGGCACGAGGGAAGGCAGAUCGAGCAUUAACAGUCGGCAAAAAGCUCGAGAUUAUUGAAGAAGCAGAUCGUACAGGUUUGAUUGCUAUUACAGCCCAAAAAUACGGUGUAAAAACUGGUCAAAUUCGUGAUUGGAAGAAAAACGUCGAGCGACUGCGUGCGACGGAUCCGUCACGCCUUGUAUGUGCUAGUACAAUCCAGCGUGGUCAUUUGGUAUUUAAUGAAACCUAUGCGCAGUAUUGGGUUGGUUACAAUAAAUUUUGUAGCAAUCAUACCAACUAUGACGACCUUAAGAACGCCUUGCGUGUUACUCAUAAGGACAUUUUGCAUCAAGGUGUUAAUGGGUUUAAUUAUCCAGCCACGAUUGACCCCUGUGCAAUACAUUUGUUAGAGUGUCCUGAAAACAAUGGGUUCAAUACGACGGAGGAGAUGAAAACGUUAUACCUGAAGGACAUGACGACAUUACGGGAUCAACUCCAUGAGUUUUUGGGUUCAAAACCGUUUCCAACAAAGUUUUUGUACUUUGUAACUAGAUUAGAUUUCGUCAAGCCGGAUCCAGACGAGCACUUGGACGAAGAGAUGAACGGAGGUUCCAAGACAGGAGAGGUCAAGCCAGUGGACCAUGUGGUUGGCGUGGAAGACAUUAUUUCGUUCUACGUUGCAAUCUGCGGGAACGGAUCCGUGAUGGUACCAAUGUCGAUCUUUCCUCCAACGGAGGAGUGGCACUGGGAACGGAAGAAACCUAUCAAGUUGCGUCACGCACACAGUAUACACCGCACUAAAAUGAACGAUCCGGACGAAGCCCUGCAGUUUUUCGCGGUGACGUGGAAAAAGUUUUAUGAUGAGGAGGCCAAGUAUGUCGACAAGUUUGCGUUCAUUCUAGACUAUGCGAUUGAGGAGUUUCGUGCACCUCGGUUCCUGGAUGGUUUAAAGCAGCAGGAUGGCUACAAUAAGUACUGGACCACCAUGUACUCGGUGCGCAAUCCGCUGCGGCUUUCGCGUUUUGAGGAUACACUUUCAAGUUUUGUGGUUGAAGAGUGGCGCAGCAUUCUUCAGAUGAAGAAAUCCACCCAGCCCAAUGACUACCGCAAAUGUGUGGCUUUUUGGUUUUAUUCCGCUUGGGAAUUCUUUGCUGGUGACAAUGCACGCGCAGCGUUUCGAAGUUGUAACAUGUACCUUGAGGACAAGGCUGUAUGGGGUGCGGGGGAGAGCGACAGUGUAGUUUGA